AGCAAAUAGGACUUCCGUGACGAGAAUGUGACUGCGCGCGACACGAGGCCCGCGUCGUUUUUCCCGGAUUCUCGACCGGGCAGCCCAUGAUUCAGCGGGCGAGCUGACGGCGGUGGGCACCGACUUCCUUCGCAUCCUCCCAGACGGACGACAGGAACGCCGGAGACGCAGACACGACGCCCUCUGCGCACUGGAACAGGGACAUCCCUGCUCCCCAUCACCCCCGUCCCAUAUCCCGCAAUCAGCAGCUCACGCCGUCCCCGACGAGCCCAUUGUCGCACACAAUGUCGACCACGAGCCUCCAGACGUCGAUGGGCCAGCAGCAGGUAGAGCAGCCCCUGCACAACCGCGGAUACCGCUCGUACCUCCCCAACCCCCUCGUCGAUACGAAUGGCGCUGCCGCCGCCGAUCCCCACUCCUCCCCGCGCAGCGCCGACCUCAGCGGGCCGCCGCGCUGGGAGACCUUUCCGCAGAGCGGCAACAACCCCAAUGGCCCCGGCGCGCCCAACGGUGGUUCCCGGGGCUACUUUGACAGCGGCCACGGGCCAGUGCAGCUGCCCUCGCCGACGGAAAGGCUCGCGCCCUCUCAGGAUGCACAGCGAGAGCCCAGCAGCGGACCCGAUCGCCGGCGACACCGCUCUUCCCCCGUCGCGUAUGCCAAUGCCGCGUCACCGUCCACGUAUCAUGCACGCCAUGGCAGCGAGGGCGCUGAUUCGAGCGCGACAUUCUCGAGCAACAGCUCGGGAUCACAUCCUCGCCACCACUCGGAUGGCGCCAACGCCCCGCAUCGGUGCAUGAGCCCUCGUCUCGCUCCUAUCCUGGGCGAACCCGCGGCGUCGGCAUCGUCACUGCGACUGCCCCCAAUCGUCGAUCACCCGUCGGACAAAGGCGCCAUGGACUGGACUGGGCAUAUGGCCUGGCGCAUGACGCCUCAGGGCCCUGUUGCGUCGCUGCAGGAGAGUCCCCCUAUCAUGUCCCACCCUCCCUCGUCGGAUGGUCCACCAGUCAAUGACCCGGCGCAUCCACGACAUGCGCGCGUGCAGUCGGAUGUCACCGAUGCCCACUCUCGCGUUCACCAUCCUGUACCGCGGCUCAAGACGAAGACAAAGUUGACAACAGAACGCCGCAAGGAGAUCUGUCGGUUCGCUAUGGCGAACCCGUCCGCACGUCAGGAGGACAUCGCCACGGCGUUCAGUAUCGAGCGCAGCACUGUCAGCAAGAUCCUCAAGCAUCGCAAGGAAUGGCUUGCCAGACCCGAUGACGAGGCAGAGCGGGCGAAGAACAGACCCAUCAAGUACCCCAUCAUCGAGCAACACCUCGAGGAAGACCUCGAGCGAUGGCGCAGGGAGCGGAAGCCAAUAACCGACAUCGCCAUCAAGCGACGGGCUCUCGAGAUCGCUCAGGAUGCCAGUAUCUACUCUCCAGAGCAUAGGGAGUUCAAAGCUAGCCAAGGCUGGGUGGAAGCCUUCAAGCAGCGGUACGGAAUCAAGAAUCAAUCCUUUCCAGGUCAAGCAGCUCUUGAGGAAUAUCGCAGACUUGCCCCUCCACCUCCACCAAAUACAACAGGCCAAGGAUUCGUUUACUGGAACGAAAGGGCCCCUCGCUCGCCAUCGCCAAACAGGCAGGGACAUGACCAACAUGGGCAGUAUAGAGGUGACCCUGCGGCGGCGGGGGCGUCGCAUCACCCCCACCAUCAGCCGUCCUCCCAUGACGCCUACAGGCCGCCCUGGGGACGAGUGGACGAAGGCGACAACGAGCGAGGCCUGGCGUCCUCAUCCGGGAGAGACGGCUAUCGUUCCGAAAGAAGCCCAUACGACCGGCAAGGCAGUGGCAGUGGCCAAGGUCACCAAGCGCCAUCUAAUGAAGAUAUAAUACCUGCCGUACGGUCGCUCGAUGAUCCUCUCAUAGAGUUUGCCGCCGAGUUCAAGUCUCGCGCGGCGCGUGGAGAUCUCGUUGACGCGAAUCAAGCUGAAGGGCGGGUGUGCUUCUUCGACGCGUUCGAUCUCUACUGAUAUCCGUCGCAGAGCCAUUCGG